UGCUUGCUAGUAAAUUAAAAAGGCCGUUGCUACGAAACCGACGACGUAGAUAUGAACAAUUCCGCUAAAACUAACUUAACCACCUUUGUAUUCCCUUUGCUGCCUAGCAGAGAAGCUUGUGCUAGAUAUGAGCGUAUCUUCCGCUCCCUUUCUCUUUUCAAUACCUGACAAAUUCACACCAAAUUCUCAGUCAAGGAAACCUGAUCCUGCCGUUUCACUUCUCCAGCUUUGUAAAAACGUAGAAGAGCUAAAACAAGCACAUACCGUUCUCGUCAAGACCUCUCUUAUUGGAGAAAAACAUGCCUUUGGCCGUCUCCUUUUAUCAUUUGCCUCCUUUGGGAACCCAGAUACUCUUGAUUAUGCUCAAAAAUUGUUCGAUAGUAUCAAUAUUCCAAGAAACUCGUUCAUGUAUAAUACCAUGAUAAGGGGCUAUUUGAAUUGCGGUAAUCCAAGAGAAGCAUUUGUUGUUUAUUCAAAAAUGGUGCAUGAGUGUUCUUUGUAUCCUGAUGAUUUCACUUUUACUUUUGUAUUUUCUGCUUGCUCCAAGUUCAAUGCUGUUUUUGAAGGCAAGCAGGCUCAUGCCCAGAUGAUAAAAUGCCCUGUUAAGUUUGGUUCUCAUUCUUGGAACUCUUUGAUGGAUUAUUAUGUGAAAAUUGGAGAGCAGGGAUUUUUAAUUCAACGUUUGUUUAAUAAAAUUGAGAGUCCAGAUAUAGUUUCCUGGAAUUGUUUGAUUGAUGGGUAUGUAAAAUCAGGGGAGUUAGGUGAUGCGCGGAGGGUUUUUGACGAAAUGCCCGAAAGAGAUGUGGUGUCUUGGACUACAAUGCUUGUUGGCUAUGUUAACGCUGGUUUUCUGAGUGAGGCUUCUUAUCUAUUCAAUGAGAUGCCAGAAAGGAACUUGGUUUCUUGGACUGCGUUAAUUAAUGGUUACUUGCAAAUGGGUUGUUACAGCAAGGCUUUCGAGCUUUUCAAAGAGAUGCAAAUUGCCAAGGUUGGGAUGGACAAAAUCACCAUAACAACUUUACUCUCUGCUUGUGCCAGGUUGGGGGCUUUGGAUCAAGGCCGUUGGCUCCAUACGUACCUCAAUAAGAGGGGGAUUGAAGUUGAUGCCCUUUUGUCAACGGCUUUGAUUGAUAUGUAUAGUAAAUGUGGGCAAAUAGACUUGGCUAGGGAAGCUUUUAGAGAAGCACUGGAUAAGAAGGUAUUUGUUUGGAAUUCUAUGUUAGGAGGACUAGCAAUGAAUUCAUUUGGAGAGGAAGCUAUUGAACUGUUUUACAAAAUGAUAGAGUGUGGAGUAGAACCUAAUGAAAUCACAUACGUCAAUAUUUUAGCAGCGUGUCAUCAUUCAGGUCUUGUUGAUGUCGGGUUACAUCUCUUCAAUAGACUGGUGAAAGAUAAAAAACUACAACCUGCAAUGGAGCACUAUGGAUGCCUGGUGGACCUAUUGGGUCGUGCAGGUUUGUUACAUGAUGCAUUUCGGGUGGUUGAGACUAUGCCUGUGGUGGCUGAUGGAACUAUAUGGAGAGCGCUGCUUGGCUCUUGUAAACUACACGGAAAUGUUAAGUUGGGAGAGCAGGUUGGGAGAAUUUUAAUCAAGAUGGAGCCUCUAAAUCACGUGAAUUAUGUGCUUCUUUCAAAUAUAAAUGCAAUGGUUAAUAGAUGGGAAAUUGUUCGAGAGUUGAGGGAAGAUAUGAAAAUGAAAGGUUUGACGAAAAUGCCUGGUUGCAGCUCGAUUGAGCUGCACGGUGUAGUCCAUGAAUUUGCAGCUAGAGAUAUUUCUCACCCUAGGAGUAGAGAUAUUUACGAGCUGUUGGAUAUAAUGGCUAACCACGUGGCACAAGAUGUCCAUGGACUGUCGUAACAACCUCUGUGCAAUGAAUCAAGGCACUUGGUAAAAUUAAUGGAUAACUGCAGUCAAUAUGGUUGAUUUCAGUGAUCAUGCUGAUAAACAUCAAGUUGUGGGGCUAAUAUGUAGAAUUUGUGAUCAUCCUGAGGACACUCUUGCCACUGAGCCGCUCAGAAUUUUGUGGAUGUUCAUGACCAACCAUAUGCUGGAUGAAUCUGUUGAGACAAAAUGGCUGGUUGAUACAGGGUAAUUAUGAGAUGCAUCGGUCUCGGUAAUUGGUAUUUACGUGUGAUUCAUAUCUUCAUGGGAGGUAUACUCACGAUCUUAAAGAAAGACCACAAAAAGUAGAGUUUCAGAAAGAUAGACCAUGAUAAACCUAGUGCUUAUUUAUGCAUAUUACCUAUCAUAUAGAGUUUGGAGAGCUCGGCAUAAAUGAGGUCAGAUUUCUAGGUCUGUGUAUUACUAUAAAAACUUUUUGUUAAGCUAUAUGCAUCAUCAUUGUAUAUUUUUGUAUUUUUGUUGUAUCAUCUUGAGUUUUUAUGUUUUAUAUCGUGAUAA